AUGGUCUCCACCUGUCCUUUCCACUGUGUUUGUCGGAAUCUAUCGGAGUCUUUAAGUACGCUGUGUGCCGACAAGGGCUUGCUGUUCGUCCCCCCGAAUGUUGACAGGAGGACGGUGGAGCUAAGACUGGCUGAUAACUUCAUUACAGAAGUUGGGGGUAUUGACUUUGCAAACAUGACUGGUUUGGUUGACCUGACUUUGUCCAGGAACACCAUCCAUCAUAUACGACCAAUGGCCUUCGCAGACCUGGAAAGUCUCCGCUCAUUACAUCUUGAUGGUAAUCGCUUAACCAUGCUUGGACCAAGGGACUUAGCUGGUUUGGUCAACCUGCAACACCUCAUUAUCAACAACAACCAGUUGGUCAAAAUAUCACCUCAAGUGUUUGACGACUUUCUGCUUACACUGGAAGACCUGGAUAUGUCCUACAAUAACAUGAAAAGAGUUCCCUGGGAGUCCAUUCAGAACAUGGCCAGCCUGCACACGCUCAACCUGGACCAUAAUUUGAUAGACCACAUUGCGGAGGGGGUCUUUGGGGAACUGUAUAAGCUGGCAAGGCUGGAUAUGACCUCCAACAGGCUGCGCACCCUGCCGCCUGAUCCCUUCUUUGCCAGGUCCCAGACAGGAGCAAUAAGCCCAACCCCCUAUAAUGCAGUAAUAAGCCUAAAUUUUGGCGGGAACCCACUUCACUGCAACUGUGAGCUGCUGUGGCUGCGGCGGCUCGUCAGGAGAGAUGACAUGGAGACAUGUGCAACGCCUCUGCAUUUGGCGGGAAAGUACUUCUGGUCAAUUCCUGAGGAGGAGUUCACGUGCGAACCGCCGCUCAUCACACGCCACACUCACAAGCUAUGGGUGCUGGAAGGGCAGCGGGCCACCCUAAAAUGCCGUGCCAUAGGAGACCCAGAACCCGUCAUCCACUGGGUCUCCCCUGAUGACCGCAUUGUGGCCAACACAAGCAGAACCAGCUCCUUCAGCAAUGGGACCCUGGAUAUCUUAGUCACGGUCGCCCGGGACGACGGUGCGUAUACCUGCAUUGCGAUAAACGCGGCGGGAGAGGCUACCGCCACUGUGGAUUUGAAAAUAAUACCAUUACCGCACAGAGGAGGCGCAAGUGGGAACGGAGGGAAUAACAACGCGAAAAACAAUAGGAAUGUUACCAGUGGGAUUUUACGCACCGACCCCGGCUCUUCGGACAUCAGCACAGGGAAAAAUGGAGGUAUAAACAACAGCGGGAGAGGCGGGGAAGCGGAGGAGGAGAAGAAGUCUACGACCGAAGAGGAGGACGGAGCAAAGGGAUCGGAUGGAGGGAGUAUGGAGGAAGAAGAGGAGGAGCAGAGCCGUAUGGUGGGGGUCCAGGGGGUCACGUCAACUUCGGCGCAGGUCCGCUGGGAUAUGGGACCUCUUUCCGGAGGUUACGUUGUGUGGAUGUACCAGAUUCAAUACAACUGCACUGCAGACGAGACCCUCAUCUAUAGGAUUCUGCCCUCCACCAGUGACCGCUUCCUGCUGAAGAACUUGGUCGCUGGAGUGGAUUAUAACUUGUGCGUGCUGGCCAUUUUUGAUGACUCCAUUACAACGUUAGCUGCAACAAAGGUCCUGGGCUGCACCAGCUUCUCCACUAAGGAUGUUUACCCAGCAUGCCGUUCUCUGCAAGCACAUUUCCUGGGUGGAACACUGACUAUAUUGGUUGGUGGAAUUGUGGUCGUGACUCUACUUGUCUUUACCGUGGCGCUCAUGGUACGACAUCGUGUGUGUAAUCAUACAAACCAUAUGAUAUGUCACAAUGGCAACACUGAGGCUGGAGGCGGAGCUUGUUGUCAAGGUGGAGGGCUAGGGGCCGGAGAUAAGGGAGGGAACAGUGUUGGAUGUUACCAGUCCAAUGGCCAGGGGGACAUGAUGAUGGUAGUGCUCCCCAAUGGGCUGACAGCCAAAAGAGGGGAUAAAGAGAAGGACAGUGAGAAGGAGAAGGAGGUGGUGGAAUCCGCUUCCUCUGUUCCUCCUAAACUGCCCCCUAAACCACGAGCCAAGCCUAAAGUGAACCUCGAACAGUUUCUGUCCGCUGGUGGUGUGGUCUCCACCACCACAGGAGGAGAGAUGGCUCUGGUCGUCCGGCAGAGAAAGCUGGAGAAAGCUUACACCUCAGACAGUGACAGAACUCUGCUGUACUACACUCCCUCCCCUCCGUCCACUCUGCCCCGUCAGUCACGCUGCAGAGAACGCCCCCCACCUCGCCUGGAGCGUGAGCUGACCAACCGAGCCAGUUUUUCUCUGGCAGCUCCCCUCAGAGACGCUGAGCUGUUAGACUGGAGAAUGAGCCCCAGAGGCCGGGACAGAUGGAACUCAUCCCAGGCGUACCAGAGCCCGUUGUCACCCCUCAGCCCAGUGUGUGGCGCCAUCAGUAAGCGCCGGCACUCUCUGGACAUGGGCUCGUCCGUGGCUUUGGCCAGUGACGCUGCGGCCACUGUGGCCAAGCGUUAUGGCGCUGUGGGCUACGCAAAGCGGCUUAGCGUCAUCUGGACACGACGGAGCCAGUCUCUGCACGGGAUGCUGGUGCAAUGCGCCUCAACCACAAGCACAACAUCCUCAACAACCAGCGACGAGGCCGACAAUGGGAACAGAUUUGGGUUCCAGCGCGGAUAUAUUCACGCUUACAACACAACUAAUUCCAACUCAAACACUGGGAAUACCUCUGUCAAAGGAAACAAUGGCAAAGAGUCCAAACGUGAGAAAAGUAAAGACGGGAAGAGUGGAGAGGAGCUGGAGGAGAGUGUGGUCUAG